AUGGACCCCAGUGACUUUCCCAGUCCGUUUGACCCAUUGACCCUGCCAGAGAAGCCCCUGGCUGGAGACCUUCCAGUAGACAUGGAAUUUGGAGAGGAUCUACUGGAAUCCCAGACUGCCCCAACUCGAGGAUGGGCGCCCCCUGGCCCUUCUCCAUCCUCAGGAGCCCUGGACCUGCUUGAUGCCCCUGCUGGCCUGGAAAAAGACCCUGGAGUCCUGGAUGGAGCCACUGAGCUGCUGGGGCUGGGGGGGCUGCUCUAUAAAGCCCCCUCUCCCCCAGAGGUGGACCAUGGUCCUGAGGGGACCCUUGCUUGGGAUGCAGGAGAUCAGACCCUAGAGCCUGGACCAGGGGGCCAGACCCCUGAGGUGGUACCACCUGAGCCAGGGGCUGGGGCAAAUCCCUCUUCACCACAGGGGUUACUAGAGCCUUUGGCUCCAGAUUCGCCAAUAACACUGCAGCACCCCCAUAUUGAAGAGGAGGAGACCACCAACAUAGCUACAGGGAGAAGGGGCUCCCCUGGGCAGGAGGAGGAGCUUCCCCAAGGGCAGCCACAGAGCCCAAAUGGUCCCCCCAGCCCUUCAGUGGGAGAGACUCUGGGGGAUGGAAUCAACAGUUCUCAGACCAAACCUGGGGGCCCUAGCCCUCCUGCACACCCAUCCUUGCCAGGAGAUGGCCUGACUGGGAAGGCGAGUGAGAAGCCGCCUGAGAGGAAGAGAAGCGAGCGCGUUAGAAGAGUAGAGCCUCCAAAACCCGAGGUUGUGGAUUCCACUGAGAGCAUUCCAGUGUCAGAUGAGGAUUCUGAUGCCAUGGUAGAUGACCCCAAUGAUGAGGACUUUGUGCCAUUCCGGCCCCGGCGCUCCCCUCGCAUGUCCCUACGCUCAAGCGUGGCACAAAGGGCCGGGCGCUCUGCGGUAGGCACCAAGAUGACCUGUGCUCACUGCCGGACGCCACUGCAGAAGGGGCAGACCGCCUACCAGCGCAAGGGGCUGCCUCAGCUCUUCUGCUCUUCAUCCUGUCUCACCACUUUCUCUAAGAAGCCUUCGGGCAAAAAGACCUGUACCUUCUGCAAGAAGGAGAUCUGGAACACCAAGGACUCGGUUGUGGCACAGACUGGUUCAGGAGGCUCCUUCCAUGAGUUCUGCACGUCCGUCUGUCUCUCCCUGUACGAGGCCCAGCAGCAGCGCCCAAUCCCACAGUCUGGGGAUCCUGCCGACGCCACUCGCUGCAGCAUAUGCCAGAAGACUGGAGAGGUCCUGCACGAGGUCAGCAACGGCAGCGUGGUGCACCGGCUCUGCAGCGAUUCUUGCUUCUCCAAAUUCCGGGCCAACAAGGGACUGAAAACCAACUGUUGUGACCAGUGCGGGGCUUACAUCUACACCAAGACCGGGAGCCCUGGCCCUGAGCUCCUCUUCCACGAGGGCCAACAAAAGCGGUUCUGCAACACAACCUGCUUGGGGGCGUACAAGAAGAAAAACACACGUGUGUACCCAUGUGUCUGGUGCAAGACCCUGUGUAAGAACUUUGAGAUGCUAUCACAUGUGGAUCGUAAUGGCAAGACCAGCUUGUUCUGUACCCUGUGCUGUACCACCUCUUACAAAGUGAAGCAGGCAGGGCUCACUGGCCCUCCCCGACCCUGCAGCUUCUGCCGCCGCAGCCUCUCUGACCCCUGUUACUACAACAAGGUUGAUCGCACAGUCUACCAGUUCUGCAGCCCCAGCUGCUGGACCAAGUUCCAGCGCACAAGCCCUGAGGGGGGCAUUCACCUGAGCUGUCACUACUGCCACAGCCUCUUCAGUGGCAAGCCUGAGGUCUUGGACUGGCAGGACCAGGUGUUCCAGUUCUGCUGCCGCGAUUGCUGCGAGGACUUCAAGCGGCUCCGGGGUGUGGUGUCCCAGUGUGAGCAUUGCCGGCAGGAGAAACUCCUGCAUGAGAAACUCCGGUUCAGUGGGGUGGAGAAGAGCUUCUGCAGCGAAGGCUGUGUGCUGCUGUACAAACAGGACUUCACCAAGAAGCUGGGGCUGUGCUGUAUCACUUGUACCUACUGCUCCCAGACCUGCCAGCGUGGAGUCACCGAGCAGCUGGAUGGCAGCACCUGGGACUUCUGCAGUGAGGACUGUAAGAGCAAGUACCUGCUGUGGUACUGCAAGGCCGCCCGGUGCCACGCCUGUAAGCGCCAGGGGAAGCUGCUGGAGACCAUCCACUGGCGUGGGCAGAUCCGUCAUUUCUGCAACCAACAGUGUCUGCUGCGCUUCUACAGCCAGCAGAACCAACCCAACUUGGAUACCCAGAGCGGGCCUGAGAGCCUCCUGAACAGUCAGUCUCCCGAGUCGAAGCCCCAGGCACCAUCUCAAACCAAAGUGGAGAACAGCAGUAUAGUGAAGACCCCAGAGGAAAAUGGGAAUCUGGGCAAGAUCCCUGCCAAGACCCGAUCGGCUCCCGCUGCUUCCACCCCUCCUCCACCCCCGCCACCCCCAGCAACACCCCGCAAAAACAAAGCGGCCAUGUGUAAACCACUGAUGCAGAAUCGGGGGGUCUCCUGCAAGGUGGAGAUGAAGUCCAAAGGGAGUCAAACAGAAGAGUGGAAGCCACAGGUGAUAGUGCUGCCCAUCCCAGUGCCCAUCUUUGUGCCAGUGCCUAUGCAUCUGUACUGCCAGAAAGUCCCGGUGCCUUUCUCCAUGCCCAUCCCGGUGCCUGUGCCCAUGUUCCUGCCCACCACCUUGGAGAGCACAGACAAGAUUGUGGAGACCAUUGAGGAGCUGAAGGUGAAGAUCCCUUCCAACCCCUUGGAGGCCGACAUCCUGGCUAUGGCAGAAAUGAUUGCAGAGGCCGAGGAGUUAGACAAGGCCUCAUCUGACCUUUGUGAUCUUGUGAGCAACCAGAGUGCAGAGGGGCUUCUGGAAGACUGUGACCUGUUUGGGCCAGCUAGAGAUGAUGUCCUGGCCAUGGCCGUCAAGAUGGCCAAUGUCUUGGAUGAGCCUGGGCAAGACUUGGAGGCGGACUUCCCCAAGAACCCUCUGGACAUUAACCCAAGUGUAGACUUCCUCUUUGAUUGUGGCCUGGUAGGGCCCGAGGAUGUGUCUACUGAACAAGACCUUCCCCGCACCAUGAGGAAGGGUCAAAAGCGGCUGGUGCUUUCGGAGAGCUGUUCCCGGGAUUCCAUGAGCAGCCAGCCUAGCUGUACUGGACUCAACUAUUCAUAUGGUGUCAAUGCUUGGAAGUGCUGGGUGCAGUCAAAAUAUGCCAAUGGAGAAACCAGCAAGGGGGAUGAACUGCGCUUUGGCCCCAAACCUAUGCGUAUCAAAGAGGAUAUUCUGGCCUGCUCAGCUGCUGAACUCAACUACGGUCUGGCCCAGUUUGUGAGAGAAAUCACUCGACCCAACGGUGAACGAUACGAACCUGACAGUAUCUACUAUCUGUGUCUCGGCAUCCAGCAGUACUUGCUGGAAAACAAUCGAAUGGUGAACAUUUUCACAGACCUUUACUACCUGACUUUCGUUCAAGAACUCAACAAGUCUCUGAGUACCUGGCAGCCCACACUCCUCCCCAACAAUACGGUGUUCUCCCGCGUGGAGGAAGAGCACCUGUGGGAGUGUAAGCAGCUCGGGGUCUACUCACCCUUUGUCCUCCUCAACACCCUCAUGUUCUUCAACACUAAGUUUUUUGGGCUCCAGACAGCCGAGGAACACAUGCAGCUCUCCUUCACCAACGUGGUGCGGCAGUCCCGCAAGUGUACCACCCCUCGGGGCACCACCAAGGUGGUGAGCAUCCGCUACUAUGCCCCCAUCCGCCAGAGGAAAGGGCGAGACACGGGCCCUGGGAAACGGAAGAGAGAAGAAGAAGCUCCUAUCUUAGAGCAGCGUGAGAACCGCAUGAAUCCCCUCCGCUGCCCCGUCAAGUUCUACGAAUUCUAUCUCUCAAAAUGCCCUGAAAGCCUCCGGACUCGCAACGAUGUGUUCUACCUGCAACCUGAGCGGUCCUGCAUCGCCGAGUCACCUCUCUGGUAUUCCGUGAUCCCCAUGGACCGCAGCAUGUUGGAGAGUAUGCUCAAUCGCAUUCUGGCUGUGCGUGAGAUUUACGAGGAGCUGGGUCGUCCUGGGGAGGAAGACCUGGACUGA